GUCAAACCCAGUGUUGACAACCAGCCAGCCAUUAAAAGUUAAAACCCCCAUCAUUCCUUUCCCAGCUGACUGUCUCUCCCCCGAUCCCUGAGGUUUCAAUUCUCCGGUGCGCACACCCCUUACCCUCCCCAGGCCAUCAUCUUCACAAACACACUGUGAUAUCUUUGCUCCCCUCCGGUAAUCGAAUUCCUCCCCUCCUCCGCUCUUAAGACUUUAUACGCACUUGUCCCCCUCACAAAUCUGGUCUUCAAGGGCAUACAAUCUUCCACUCCAAGACAUCUAAAGACAUCUUCGGAAAUUAGAAAAGUCUGGAAACACAGUUCUCCAAGAAACUCCACCCGCUCGCUAGCUCGCUCGAUCACAUCAGUCUAUUUUACCCUCUCAGUAAUAUAGAUAUAGUGGUCGCGAUUGAGACCCUAUCAAUCAAAUGUUCAAUUCAUUAUUCAUGUGAUCGCUUACAUCCUCGCACAAACCUUAUUAGCUGUUGUUCUUGGCAAAGUUGCUUUGCUGCAGAACUUCGCCCACAUAAUGGCUAACCCAUCGAACCGCCUCGAUGUGUUUAAAUUUGAUGAAGAAGAUGAGCAUCCACCUAUUCUGGCACGAACUCGCAUUUGCUCAACAUCAUUAGCACCCCUAGCACUAAACAAGAACAAAGUCAUCGAAAAUGAAUAUUGCAACAUGGAAAGAAUGCCUGCGUUAGAUGGUGAGAAACAAAUUAAUUCAAUGGAUCAAGAACUACUGCAUCGUGUAAGACCCAAUGCAUUGUCUGGAACACUUUGUACCCAGCUGGAAAGCAGUUCAAGCCCUGGAACAGAUUCUCCAGAUGAGAACCAGCAUGUGUCAAGAGAAUCUGAAUCGAACGACGGCUCCGUCGAUGCAGUUUCAGACACGAUUGAGAGCAUGAGCGCAAGUAUACCAACAUCAUUUGCCAGCCCAGCUAACCAUGAUGUAUAUGAAAGUCCAACAGAAAAUCACUACAAUCACUGGGAAAUGGGUGAAAACAUGUCCAUUGUGUUUAAUCCUGAUUUAGUCUAUUAUGGGGAAGCCUACUAUACAGACUGUGUGGUGAGCUUUUGUAACAGUGGCAUUGAAGUUGGAGGUUCAUCUGUAUCUGGGAACUCGGGGACUUUUAGCACUCAAUUUUCAAUCGAUGACAUCAACCAGAUUCAGCUAGAGUAUUUUACAAGUGCUGAUGCUGGCCAGUUCAGGAUUCAUGUUAUUUCAAGAUGUCCAGAACAAUCUGAAACUGUUCAUGAAACUUCAGAAGUUAAGGAGUUGCAGUUCUAUGUUCACGAUUCUGACCUUGUUGGAAAAUGUGAAGCAAUAACAUCUUUGAAUGAGUAUAAGGCUGUUUGGUAUUCCAACUCUGUGGUGGGUGAUCGUUGGAAGGGCAUGGCAGAUGACCAGUUCAAACCAUCUGUUAAAAAGUACUUUCCCAGUUGUGAUGAGCCAUUUGAAGAGGUUAUAUAUCCUAAAGGAGAUUCUGACGCUGUUUCAAUUAGUAAGAGGGACUUUGAUCUUCUCCAACCAGAUACAUUUGUCAAUGACACAAUUAUUGACUUUUACAUUAUGUAUUUAAAGACCAAAAUUCAGCCUGAGAGAAAGCACAAAUACCACUUCUUCAACAGUUUCUUCUUUAGGAAGUUGGCUGACUUGGACAAAGAUCCAUCUAAUGCCUUUGAUGGCCGGGCAGCUUUUCUACGUGUUCGAAAAUGGACAAGGAAAGUGAACUUAUUUGAAAAGGAUUUCGUGUUCAUUCCAGUAAAUUACAAUUUACAUUGGAGUCUAAUAGUUAUUUGUCAUCCUGGUGAAGCGGCAAAUUUGGAAGAUGAUAAUAUUGGGAAGUUGUCCAGAGUACCUUGCAUAUUGCACAUGGAUUCCUUGCGAGGGAGUCAUACCGGCCUCAAAGAUCUAUUCCAAAGUUACCUAUGGGAAGAAUGGAAAGAGAGGCUAAAGGAAUUCUGUGAAGACAUCUCCCCAAAAUUUCUAAAUUUGAGAUUUGCUUCCCUUGAGCUGCCACAGCAGCAAAAUCUUUGUGACUGUGGCCUCUUCUUACUACAUUAUGUGGAGUGCUUCUUGGAGGAAGAUCCUGCUGUUAUUAAUCCAUUCAGUAUAACAAAGAGCAGUCAUUUUCUAGGCAGGGACUGGUUUCACCCUAAUGAGCCUUCUUGCAAGCGGGGUUUUAUCCAGCGGUUGAUCUACGACCUCCUCCAGAGUAAUAGUGGUGAACCUUCCGGUGAGGUCGAAACCUACACACCGUUUAACCCUCUGGAGAGAGAAAAUCACCAUAACCAAAAUGAUAUAGAAUUCUCAUCUCAUCCAUUUGAUGGUUCAAAAAAUUAUCAAGAGGAGGUACUGUGCGAUCUAACAAAUCAAGGUGUUGAGAUCAACCCACUCUCUUCCUCGUUGUUUUCACUGAAGGAUGAACAAUGUGAAAGCAGUUCACGCUUUCAUGGAACAGAAUCUAAUUUGCAGGCACAAAUUGAUAUGCACUUUGGUAGUUCACGGUCUUUCGAUGAGGUCAAAAACCCGUUGUCUUCAAUUGAGGAAGACGUAGAAGGCACUGGAGAAUUUGUGUACCCCCCAGCCUCCAAUGAAGCUGGAUUUGGAGAUGUUGGAGAAGCAGUGGAUGCUUCUGAAGAAGCAUUUGAGUUUCCUUAUGUCUGCAGGGAUGAAAACGAUGAUGUCACACCAGCAACUUCUUGGAAGCAAAGGAUUUCAUCAAAUGCCUAUGAGCAAAAUGAAUGUGAAGUGACAGUUGAUGGAAAGUGCGAAUCUGAUGAAGUGGAGAAGAGUUCAGAUGAGGACGUUGAUAAGCCAGCAGCAUCCGUCGCAGCAGAAGAUACCACCAAAUGCUUUAUCGAUUCCUUCCCAUCUGCUUCUUCGCAUACAAUGUUAGACAUAACAGAACAACAGUCUGUUGCUUCUUAUGUUCCAGCAUCUCAUCAUGAUGUCCCAAACAGGGAAGAAAAAUCGUUGACCGAGAACUUAUCUGUUCUGGUUGACUUUGCCAUUGUUGAUGAUAAUGAUACAGCGCAAUAUGCCGCAAAAAAGAUUCGGCUUAUGAGUCCUGCUGAAAGGGAGGUUGAGCUCAAAGCCCUCUCUGAAGAUUUGCAUCUGUGAUAUCAUGUCCUGUUGGUGAUCCAAUCGUUCAUUAUUUUUUGUCAUAGAUCAUACUUCUCGUGUUAGUCGGUGUGAUUAUGCAUAUACUCACGCGUAUGCCUGUGGGAUGCUAUUUUGUACGGAAUACUGUUUAUCCAAAUCUUAAUCUCAAAUCGUCCAAGUUGAAUUCACCUUAACAUGUUGACAUUUUUAUAGAGGAACCAGCAUUAGUG